AUGGAUCGUUUUGGUUGCCGUGUGCUACUCAUGGUGUCCGCUGCGGGCUUAUCGCUGUGUUUCAUCAUGGUUGCCAUGUUGCUGUCCUUCGGCCAGCUUCAAACUGCGUAUGGCGCAACAGCAUUUAUAUUUCUUUUCCAAAUCUUCUACGGUCUGGGCUGGCUACCCGUUUCCUUGGUUCUAUCCAUCGGAAAUCAGCACAACACAUUUACGACCAAGAGCCUUGAACUCGAAGAUGUUAACUUGAUCUUCGCCAAGGGCGGCUUCACUGGCGGGGUCUUUUCCUCUCGAGGUCGAACAGUGGUUCCACACCAGCAUGCACAGGAAACGGAGAUAGGUGCUAAGCAGGAAACAGACAUCAUUGAAUAUGUCCAGCGGCAAUCAUAA